AUGAAUUUCUCUUCUUCUGUGGUUCUUUGGAUAGUUCAUUAUACCCCAAGAACAAGAAGGCUAACUCCUGACAUGAUGUUGUCGCGCCAUUUCUUUUAUCUUCUGGUUUUGCUGCUAAGUGUGGCAAUUGUCUGUGUGGCGACUGACGCCAUUACUGAUGAGGAAAGGAAUGCUAAGAUUGUGGCAAGGGCUGCUGAGAUUGAAGCUUCCCUUAAUGCCCAGCUUGCUGCUGAUAAUGACGAAGCUCAGAGUGAAGCUGCCAGUACAGCUUCUGGUGAAAAUGGUGGAGCUGCGGCAGCGAAGAGUGAAGGGAAGAAUGCAGCCAGCGUCAGUUCUGUGUGGAUGAGUGUGCCACUACUGAUUGUGGUUACACUGGCCAAUGUUCUUGUGUACUGA